AUGACGCGCUUUGCAGAGGCGACCAUGGAAAUCCCAGAUUUGAGUCCAGAAGUCCACCCCCAUGCCCUCAAAAGCGGCCUCAGACCAGGAAAGUUCCAAGAAACAAUUGCGGUAACAAAACCAAAAACAUUGGACGAAUUCAGAGAGAAGGCCGCAGGACAAAUGGAGGUUGAAGAACUUCGGGAAGCCCGGAAGACGGACAAGCAUCCAACCAAAAGGGAGGAAGACAAAGCCCUUAGGUCAACAAGCAACAAAGAACUUAAAAAGCCUUUCAAGCUUACCCCCAAGUUUGAUAACUAUACCCGAUUCAAUACAAAGAGAGAAGACAUUAUAAAAGAAAUCCUACAUGCAAAGAUAAUAAAACCUCCAAUCAGGGCCGGUAAUUAUCAAGAUCAAAGGUUUGUUGACAAAACAAAACAUUGUGCCUUCCAUCAAAAGUUCGGCCAUACGACAGACGACUGUGUUGCGGCAAAAGACCUACUGGAACGAUUGGCAAGGCAAGGACUAUUAGACAAAUACAUUGAUGGAAGAAGGGGCAGAGGAGAAAACAAGGUACUGGGAACAACUGGUCAAGGGACAGAGGAAAAUGACAAAAGACACUGGGCAAACCCAAGCCAGCCACGAGGAGUCAUAAAUUGCAUCUCAGGUGGCUUCGCCAGUGGAGGUACUACAAGCUCGGCCCGGAAGCGGAGUUACCGAGAAAUGCUAGCAAUCGAAGGAGCGACCUUCUUCCCCCAGAAAGAUACGCCGAGAGGAGAGAUUACUUUUACAUCCUCAGAUUGCACAUCAGCAAGCCCAAACCUCGACGAUCCCGUUGUUAUCUCAGUACAGGUCGGAGACCUGUUGGUAAGAAAGGUCUUGCUAGACCCAGGUAGUAGUGCCGAUGUUUUGUUUUACUCAACAUUCCAGAAAAUGAACCUGUUUGAUAAAAUCAUACAACCUUACUCCGGAGACCUCAUAGGAUUCUCGGGAGAAAGGGUGUCGGUAAUGGGAAGUGUGUGGUUAAAGACCAUGCUGGGGGAACAUCCCCGAUCAAAAAUAAUCGAUAUACAGUACGUCGUAGUAAACUGCACAAGCCCAUACAAUAUUAUAUUAGGUAGACCAGCAUUAAAUUCUUUCGGAGCAAUAGUCUCCACUUUGCAUCUGUGUGUUAAGUUUCAUGUGCACAUUUUCGUUGAAUAA